GGGUAUAAAUAAACUACAAACCCUAGGAUUCGCCGCGAGCUUAUCACUUAUCAUCUCACUGCCCCUACUCCUCCUCCUCCUCCUCCUCGCGAUCUAUCCAAACAAGGGGGUUUUGCCAAGAUCGCCAUGUCGGACUCCGAGGAGCACCACUUCGAGUCGAAGGCCGACGCCGGGGCGUCCAAGACCUACCCCCAGCAGGCCGGAACCAUCCGCAAGAACGGCUACAUCGUCAUCAAGAACCGCCCCUGCAAGGUGGUGGAGGUUUCUACCUCGAAGACUGGUAAGCAUGGUCACGCCAAGUGUCACUUUGUUGCCAUAGAUAUAUUCAAUGGUAAAAAGCUUGAGGAUAUUGUUCCUUCAUCCCACAACUGUGAUGUUCCACAUGUGAAUCGUACUGAGUAUCAGCUGAUUGAUAUAUCAGAGGAUGGAUUUGUGAGCCUUCUUACUGAAAAUGGUAACACCAAGGAUGAUCUUAGACUCCCAACUGAUGACAAUCUCCUGGGCCAGAUCAAGGCUGGAUUUGGUGAAGGCAAGGAUCUUGUUGUGACUGUCAUGUCUGCCAUGGGGGAGGAACAGAUCUGCGCGCUGAAGGACAUUGGCCCCAAGUAAAUUCCUCAGGUGAAGGCUACGAAACAGAGGGAUGAUUAUGUAUCAAACUUAAACUACAAAAAAGACAUGUAUUGAGAAGGAAUGCUUCGAAAGACUGUUCACUCAGCUUGAGCUGGCUUUUGCCGUAGUCACACAAGUGCAGUGAUUGCUGAGUGUAGCAUUAUCUGAUUACCACAUCCCCAUCAUGACAUUUGGGAUCCUGUAUUUUCCAUGGUUCUGUUUAUGCCCUCUGUUUGGUAUCAAUAAUUGAUUUGGAAUUUGGAACAGUGGAAACUAUAUACUGAAGCUUAGCAUUAUCAUCGAGUCA